AUGGGAGGAGAGGCAACUCUACCCAAUUGGGUAACUGUAAUAUCUGGAUAUUCAUCAAUAAUAUCUAGCGUUAUUAUAUUUUCGAGUAUUAUUUUGCACUUGAAGAAUUAUCGUAAGCCGUUUCAGCAAAGGCUAAUGAUUAGAAUUCAGUUGAUCGUUCCACUUUUUGCGUUGUCAUGUUUUUCCAUGCUAAAGAAUCCUGAAUCAUUGUUUAAUAGAUAUUUGUUGGAAUCAAUACGAGAAGUUUAUGAGGCUUUUGUAAUCUACACUUUUUUCUCGUUAUUGACAGAUAUGCUAGGAGGAGAAAGAAAUAUCAUCAUCAUGACGAGUGGGAGGGAACCAGUUGAUCAUCCUGGUAUUUUGAAGUACAUUUUUCCUGAUAUUGAUAUAUCUGACCCAACCACAUUCUUAAUAAUUAAGCGAGGGAUUUUGCAAUACGUUUGGUUGAAGCCAGUCAUAUGCAUUAGCACCAUAAUAACAGAAUUAAUAGGGUGGUAUAAUGUGAAUGAUGUAAGUACAACCUCGAUAUACUUAUGGCUUACCAUACUAUAUAACCUAAGCGUCACGUCGUCAUUGUAUUGCUUGGCUAUGUUUUGGAAAGUGCUUUGGAACGAUUUAAAGCCAUUUAAACCAGUAGGCAAAUUUUUAUGUGUCAAGUUAAUUAUUUUUGCAUCAUACUGGCAAGGGGUUAUGUUGGCCAUACUAAAUUUUUCUGGCGUAUUACCAGGAUCAGCCUCAACCAAAGGGGAUAAUACUAAUAUUGGUGUCUAUAUUCAAAACGCAUUACUUUGCGUCGAAUUAAUAGCGUUUGCUAUUGGCCAUUGGCAUUCCUUCUCCUACAAACCUUUCACUAUUUCAGCAAUACCAAAUGGGAGAUUGGAGUUCUAUUAUGCUGUCAAAGAUAUGUUUGGCAUUAAAGAUUUAGUUCAUGAUUUUAAAUUAACCUUCUAUGGCGAUUAUUAUAAAGAUUAUAAGAGAUUUGAUUCUGUUGAAGCUAUAACUGCCCAUCCAGAAUCUAAAGGACGUAUGAGUAGGAUUAACCAAGGUUUAAGGUAUCAUGGUGAUGGAAAGCAAAAACAUUGGCUCCCAAACAAUCAAUCACCAGUUCAGAACCCUACGAAUGUGCGAAGUACUUCAGAAGCAAAUGCACUAUUAUAUCAACCAUUACUAGGGAACACGCUGCAAUACGCACCAUCUUUGAAUUCAACUGGAACAUCUACUAGAGGAAUUUAUCCUUCGUCACCAAAGAAUAUAACACCUCCCGAUUCUCCGGUACCAACUUCGGCAGGAACAUUUAACCUGACCAACGGUCCAACGAUAACCGAUGUCUUGAAUACGAAUGAAAUUUCAUACGAUAAAGAGUUACUUGACGAAGAUGAAAUUUUUUACCAGAAUGCAUGUUCGGUUAUUAACAAUUAUAGAUUAGAUCAAAGCGAAGUUAAGAAGUUAAUAAAUUACCCAAUUGUGGACGAAGUUGUUGAUGGACAUAUGUUUGGUUAUAAAGUUAAGAAAUUAAGAGCUGAUAGGAUAAGACAACAACAAAGAACUGAUAGUUCGUCUAAUAGUCGUAAUAAGAAUAAUUAUUACGGAAGUAUAGCAUAA